UUAUUUUAAUAUUGCUUUUGUUUAGUAUUUUUCCAGCAGUGAAAUUGGAUUGGUGUCGUUGUGUGUAUUGACGCUUGAUUUCGGCUAAUAAUCAUACUUGUUUUUUGUUCGUAUGUUAUUAGAAACCAGACAGCGCAUGUGGCAAUAAAAAAUUAUUAAAUUUGUUUCAUGUAUGUAUGUAUGUAUGUACAUAAUUAAGUGGUUGUAUAAUUGAAACAGUACCUGUAAUGUUAAUAACGAAAAAGUGAUUCGAAUCGGAAAUUUUACUCAGUGAAAAAGUGAUUAGGCAACGUAAGCAGAUAAUAAGCUCAAACUGAUGUUUCUUUUUAUCGCAAACAAUUAAGCAAUUGAGAAAGUGGUUCAAUACCAUUAAAGAUAUAAAAUAAAAGCAGUACAAACGGGUUUUAAUAAAAAAAGUCGAACAAAAGUUCUUACGUAUUCGCUGCAAAACUUGGCAUAUCGACUUUUCUUAAAACCUGGGGGUUAGGAAUAGGCUUUCAGUUAUCCACUACACUGACAAAGAUAAUACAUUCUGUAAAAACAACAACAAUAAGGCUGUAUAUACUUUACACAAACCUAACCGGCGCUGCAAGGCAUAUGGUGGACACUCGUCCACUGGAGGCGGACACAUUGAUGUCCAAAACACCAAGAAGCUAUCAAGCCAUAGCUAUGUCGAGUCGCGCUUAACUAAUCAGUCAUAAGCCAGCAGCCACCAAGAUGACGCAGAGCAGCACGGAUUUCACGCAGAUUCCUACAGCGACCCACUCAAAAGCUACAAGCAAAAAAGAGAAAGAAGCAGAAGCUGGUGCCACAGCGGCACCACAUACCGCGCCCCCACUUGCCGGCAGUCAGCAUUGUGAUAUACUACUGAACAACUUUCAAAUCAAGAAGAAACGCUAUCGCGUCUUACUCAAUUACGACCACAUCGUUUGGGAGCGACUGAAAACGAAACGCGCAAGCGAUGUCGAUGCUGAAUGUACGUUGAAGAAAGGCGAGCAACCAACGGAGCUGCUGUCGCACCGCUCAACCUAUAGCAGCGACUCGAAGGUGCUGCAUAUAAACGAACUAAUCAGAGUGAGUAAGGGCAACACAAAGUCAGCGGCAUUGCUGAUUACACCGCCGCAACCAUAUGCUGACUUCGGCGCGCAUGCUACAUCCGAGCAACAACAACAGCAGCAGCAGCUGCAGCAAGCCAGCAGUAUGCCACCCACAGAGCAAUACCUAGCGCUUUCGUAUGCCGCGCGCAUUAUCAAAUCGGCAACGGAUUGCAAUCGCUGGGAGGUGCGCAAACUGGUGCUGUUCAACGAGGACGCGUACAUCGUGCGCCAAUGGCACGCGCUGCUCAAUAAAAUGCUAGCGAACACGGCACCGUUACGGCUGCGCGUGCGUCGGCUGCUGGUCUUCAUUAAUCCGUUUGGUGGCCGCAAGACGGGUGUAGAGGUUUACGAGCGUCAUUGCAAGCCGCUCUUUCAACUGGCCGGUAUCGAUGCGUCGUGCAUCUUGACGCAGCGCUCGAACCAGAUACGUGAUAUUCUGCUCAGUGAUGAUUUGACGCCGUUCGAUGCGGUUUGUUGUGUUGGUGGCGACGGUACGGCCGCGGAGGUAAUCAACGGUUUAAUUUUCCGCGCCAUAUGUGAUUCGGGCAUGGAUCCACGCGAGCCUGCAUUUGUGCCAAAGCCAGCGCUACCAAUCGCUAUAAUACCGGCGGGCAGCACGGACACCAUUGCCUACAGCGUACACGGUACUGCUGACGUGCGCACUGCCGCCAUACACUUGAUUUUAGGUCAGCGACGUGGCAUGGAUAUUUGCAGCGUACGAAAUCGUGAGGGCGUCAUACGGUUCUGCGCUAGCGUACUCUCCUAUGGCUACUUAGGUGAUGUGGCGGCGAAGAGCGAGCGCUAUCGUUGGAUGGGUCCGAAGCGCUACGAGUAUGCUGGUGUUAAAACGUUUCUUGCCAAUACCGGCUACGAAGCGGAAUUGCGUGUGCAGCAACCAAUAGGCAGUGAGUCAAGCGCGCAAGCGGGAAAUAACACAGUAUGCUGUGUGAAUUGUGAGCGUUGCAGCUCAGCUGCCGUGGAAGAAGCUGAGCUGUCGUCAAAGCGCGCGUUAAUGAAAAAGGCUAUAAUGGCAGGUGCGGUGACAGCAGCGCAAGACGAUGAUGAGUUGCCGUCAUCGUCAAACGCCUCGUUGAAGAGUUGUGAAGAUGACAGUGAAGCGUACGAUGGUGCGGAAAGUAACAAAGCUUAUUUGGCAGACGCGUCAGAACUAUCAGUUGAAAAGGUAAACGUAAACGAAAAAGAAGCGCUAGAUUGUGAUGCAUCUAAAAGUGAAAUGGUAGUGAAUCAAGCAACUGCUGCAGUUAAUUCCGAAAACUCCGAAAGUGCGUUGGACCGCACAACGCCAACUACACAAUGGAAAACAAUAAACGGUAAAUUUUUUAUGAUCAGUGGCGCGAAUAUUACUUGCGCCUGCACGCGUAGUCCAGGCGGCGUGGCGCGUUACAGUCAUGUAGGCGACGGCUAUCUGGACUUGAUUCUAGUGCAAAAAACUUCGCUCUUCAAUAAUAUUCGGCUGCUUCUCAACCUGACGAGUCGCAAUGGAGAUAUUCGAAAUUUACCCUUUGUGGAAACGUAUCGCACCAAGAAGUUCUGCUUCCGCUCUCCCAACGUGAACCUUGAGGAGGCUUACAGCAUUAGUGGUUCCUGUCAGCCGAUUACACAAAGUUAUGUUCACUAUGACGACGAGGAUAAUUUAUCCAGCUGGAAUUGUGACGGCGAAGUGAUCAAUGAACAGGAGCUCACAAUGAUCUCCCAUUGCCAACUUAUCGACGUCUUCAUGCGUGGUCCGUACCCAUACCAUAAACCAUCAAAAAGUGCUAAAAGUUCCCUUUUAUGCUGCUGUUGCAAGCGUGAUGAUUAACAUAGCCAUCCACCGUCGGAUACCUUCUGAUAUAUGGUGAAAAGUGUUACAUUUCCUGAGGUCCUAGGAACAACGAUCGUAUUUUGCCUUUUGUUGGUCACAUUAAAGUGUUUGCGCAAACGAGUGCUUUCAUAGAAAACUAGGCGCAGAAUUAGUGUAUGAUAGAAAGU